ACGUCAAUGGGGAAUAAGAAAAGCAAAACUGCCCGAUUGACAUGUAAACUUAAGCAAUGGAGGAAGCAACAGAUAUGAAUUCGCGCCCUAAAUAUAACGUUACUUGACACUAAACCUGGCGUUUAGAGGUGAACAUGUCGCGUGUCACAGCUGAUCUGACAUUUAAAACGCUUGUCGAGUGUAAAUACAGUUAUCCCAAUGAGGUCCAAGAUGACAUCAAUAAUGUGUCAACAGAUUACCCAGACCUGCAACUAUACCUGGAUUACUAUUUCUACCCUAACAAUGAUAAGAAGAAGUUGGUUUAUUUAGGUGGCACUGUUCCUGUAACAUAUGAAGGCAACAAGUACAACAUUCCAGUUUGCAUCUGGAUUCAUGAGACUCAUCCCAAAAACCCGCCCAGAUGUUUCGUCUGCCCAUCACCCACUAUGGUGGUCAAUGCUAAAAGCAGCAAUGUGGAUGCAUCUGGUUGCAUUCUUCUCCACUGUCUUAGCAAUUGGAAAAUCGGGUGGUCAAACUUGUCAAUAGUUCUGGAGGAAAUGAUUGCCGCCUUUCAGCGCGAAACUCCCCUUUUUGCAACUUAUCCAAUCAGAUCCCCCGUACUACAUUCCCAAGUUACACCUGCUGAAAUGAUAGUCAAGCAGAGCCCUGUUGCAUCAUAUGGCAGCUGGCCGAAUACAGGCAGCGGAUCUGUGCAGAAUAACUCAACAGUUGAUGAUGGAAGCACGAACUCUUCAGUGACUCGGCUUGCCAGCAAAACCCUACCCAAGAGCACAAAGUCGAACGGUAGUCUGUCCCAGGCCAGUGGAACGGAUGCAGAUGGGGUUAAAAAGUCAUAUACACAAGAGUUGCUGGAUUUCGGGAUCAUGUUUGGAGCACAAACUUUAGGGAGUAAACACCAAACAAAUCCAUUCAUUUCUCCUGCUCCAGCCAGCAAUUCUGCUGAUGUAAAUGAAAUUGAUGACCUGUUUAAAAGCCUUCAGUUAGAAAGAGUAGUCAACAUGUAUCAACUGGACAGCAGAGACAGAGAUGCUGGGGAAGAGUGGCAAGAUUCUGAGAGUGACCCCAUGGUUCACCCACAAUUAGUAGAUAACCAUCACAGACUGGUGGUGAGCGGACUACCUGUGGGUGUCUCUCCAAGCAAGAUGAGGAACAAGCUAACCAUUUAUUUUCAGAGAAAGCAGAAUGCGGGAGGAGAGGUUCUGGAUGUCAAAUAUCCCGCAUCGAGGCCAGACCAGGCCUUGGUCCUCUUCAGAAACCGCAGAGAUGUAGCACAGGUUUUGCAACAGCCUAAGAGGGUGAUUACAAUUAAUGAGCAGCGAUUUCUUAUUGAGCUGAAGAAGUUUGAAGAUAUGAAGAUCCCAGGUGGUGUCCAAGGUGAGAAAGCUGAUAUGUUUAGGAGCAUCUUGAGUAUGGAUGGGUGCAGUUUUAGCCCUACAGACGUGCUGGAAGCAGUGCAGUCGUGCCGAGACCUCCCAUCCGCUCUGAAAUAUCUCUCCCAUGUCUGUCCUAUAUGCCAGGAGCAAGCAUCCAUCAAUAGGAUGAUCACCAUGACACACUGUUCCUGCACAUUCUGUGAGAGCUGCUUUAAGAAAUACUUCUCCUCUGUCAUUAAAGAAAAGAGUAUCGUGUACGCGGUGUGUCCCCUCUGUAAUCUUCCUGAUGUGCGAGGAGGCAGAAGGGAGGACACUAUGGAGUACUUUAGUCUACUCGACACGCAGAUCAGGUAUUAUUUGGAUCCUCAGAUCCAUGAGCUUUUUCAAAGCAAGCUCAGAGACCAGGCACUGCAGGAAAUGCCCAACUUCCGCUGGUGUGCACAUUGCUGCUUUGGGCUUCUUCAUGAAUCAGACAGACUGAGGAUGGACUGCCCCAGCUGUGAGAAAAGCACCUGCUUUAAGUGCAAACGGCCUUGGGCUCCACAACAUGAAGGAAUCUCCUGUGAGAGGUUCAGAGAGUGGGAGCAACUCAACAGCCCGGAGUAUCAAAACUCAAAGCUGGAGCAGCUUCUUAGCAGGAAUAAAAUAGACUGUCCAAAAUGCAAAUUUCGAUUCUUCCUGGCUAGAGGAGGAUGCCUGCAUUUCAAGUGCACUCAGUGCCAGCAUGAAUUCUGUGGUGGAUGCAGUCAGUCCUUUAAACAGGGCGCUGCAUGCAAUUUUUCUGCUGAUUGUGUAGCGAAGGGGUUACAUGCCCAUCACCCUAGAGACUGCCUGUAUCAUUUAAGAGAUUGGAGUGUUCCCAGACUACGGGACCUGCUACAGUACUAUGGAGUCUCCCAUCCUCUAAUGUUCAGACCCAAAGGUACAAUAGGGGGAAACUCAAAAGGUAUUUGUGGUGUAAUGGAGUUACAAGAAAUGGGAGCUGUGAAAGAGGAGCCGUGUGGACGACUAGCUUGCCAUGAGUACAGUGGUUACUGCGUUUUACAUUAUAAAGAGUGUCUGGUGGAGUUAAUAAACAAGAAUGCACUGGAUCCUCUGGUACUGUUUGAUGGUGCAGAGUUACGGGCAGAACUGUGCCGAUGUAAAGUGCCAGUCCCAGAAAAACAACCUUUAGAGACUGAUCAGCGCUACGAGGACAGACUACGGCAGAUUUUAAAAGACAGGGUGGCUUUGACCAGCCGUGUGGCCUCUGGACUGAAGACAACAGCACCUCCCACACCUUCCCCGUCUUCUCCUCCUGAAGCAGCAGCAGCAGCAGCUCCGUGGUACUCGAUGUUGAGUCGUGCUGUUUCCGAGGACUCUCAGCAUCUACUGCUGCUUACUGAUUGAAGAGCAUAUAGAGCAUGUCACAUCAAAGCUCUGGAUUGCUGCAGUGCUGACCCCAUUUCAUACACUAACUGCUCAGAGACAAGCCAAACUUUUUUCUGUUUGUUUUUAAUACAUUGUGAAAGGAAAAAUCUUACCCUUGCACAGUUUGCUUUAAAAAGUGCAAAACAACCAGCCAUGAUGAAGAGUUUAAAACUUUUUUCAAUAUGAACACUAAAGGUUGUAGGGCACUUAAAACCUCUGUAAUGUACUAAAUUCUCACUUUGUAAUCUGUUAAAAGACUGUGGCUGUCAAAUCCACUUACUAUAUUCUCUAACUGAUGAUAAUAAGGGUCCACUCGCACUUGUAACUUUUGUUAGGGUUUCUAUUAAGCACAAGUUUGCACAUUUGGCCGUUGUGAAAUGUAUGGCACGAUGUGAAAAUGUUGCAAAGGAUUAUUUUAUUGUGUGAAUAACUGUGAAUAUAAAACAUUUUUUUUCUAA